AUGUUUACUUCGAAGACAAAGUAUCCAACAGAUAGCUUCUCGAAAAACAGAGUUGGGAAAGCUACAAAGUCCAAAAAGGGAUCUUUCAGAGAGUCGUCAAGAUCCAAACGUGCAGAGCACUCGUCGCCCAGAAGUCAAUCAACUGGAAGUGCACCAGUGACUCCCAAUCUUACUAGUGCCAUCAUAACGCUUUGUGUGGGCAGGGAACAGCGUCUCUUUGCUGCCCAUGAAGAUGUGCUUUGUCACUCUCCAUUCUUCCAGGCUGCCUGUCGUGGUCAAUUCUUUGAGUCGUCAUCCAAACGUAUCGACUUGCCCGACGACGAACCCGAAGUCUUCUCCUCAGUUCUCGAAUACCUUUACAAAGGUGACUACUAUCCACGUCUAGAGUUCGACAAGCGGAGACAUAGUUGGGCUUUAGAAGAUGGACAUGCAGGUCAAGCUGUCAACGAAGCAGUAGUCAUGCUCAACGGAGCCUAUCCUAUACUCAAGGACACUGUCAUCUAUUGCACAGCCGAAAAGUAUGGCCUUGAGGAGCUGAAGCGUCUUGCUCUCCGCAAACAAGGUCUUCAGUCUGGUGUGCAAUGCAGUACCAUUCUCACCAGUGCCCGCUACGCAUAUGCCAAUACCCCUGACAGCGACUCCAAGCUACGUGCCCACUACCUCGCCCUCAUCGUUCGUAGCCGCCAGACCUUCAAGCGCAGCGGUACGAUGCAGUCUGAGAUGGAAGCUGGUGGAAAACUCUUCUUUGACCUCUUCGUUGCAAUGGUCAAUCACAUGGAUGACCUUGCUGCGUCAAAGCGUUGA